GGAGGCUACGCGCUUGAAGCGACGGGAGCGGUGCGGGAGCAGUCAGACUGGCCAAGAGCAGGCCGCCCGUCCCGCCUCGGCGGAUCAUGACCCGGGCGGCCACCGCGGGGGGCGCGGUGGCGGGGGCAGCGCCCCGGCGGGUCCGGCGCCAGUGAUGAUGCCGUUUGCAGUCAGCACUCAGGGCCCACCACAGACAUCGUCGCCCCAGAAGCACUAUGGCCUCUCUUCCCCGAUCAGUUUAGCAGCCCCCAAGGAGACUGACUGCAUACUUACCCAGAAAUUAAUUGAAACCCUGAAGCCCUUCGGGGUUUUUGAAGAGGAAGAGGAACUGCAGCGCAGGAUUUUAAUUUUGGAAAAAUUAAAUAACCUGGUAAAGGAGUGGAUACGGGAAAUCAGCGAGAGCAAGAACCUUCCACAGCCUGUUAUUGAAAGUGUUGGAGGAAAGAUUUUCACAUUUGGAUCAUACAGAUUAGGAGUCCAUACAAAAGGGGCCGAUAUUGAUGCGUUGUGUGUUGCACCAAGACAUGUUGACCGAAGUGACUUUUUCACCUCAUUCUAUGAUAAAUUGAAACUACAUGAAGAAGUAAAAGAUUUAAGGGCUGUUGAAGAGGCAUUUGUACCAGUUAUCAAACUAUGUUUUGAUGGGAUAGAGAUUGAUAUUUUGUUCGCAAGAUUAGCACUGCAGACUAUUCCAGAAGAUUUGGACCUGAGAGAUGACAGUCUGCUUAAAAAUUUAGAUAUUAGAUGCAUAAGAAGUCUUAACGGUUGCCGGGUAACCGAUGAAAUUUUACACUUAGUACCAAACAUUGACAACUUCAGGUUAACUCUGAGAGCUAUCAAAUUGUGGGCCAAAUGCCACAAUAUCUAUUCCAAUAUAUUAGGUUUCCUUGGAGGUGUUUCUUGGGCUAUGUUAGUUGCAAGAACUUGCCAGCUUUAUCCAAAUGCAGUAGCAUCAACUCUUGUCCGUAAAUUUUUCUUGGUAUUUUCUGAAUGGGAAUGGCCAAAUCCAGUGCUAUUGAAAGAGCCUGAAGAACGGAAUCUUAAUUUGCCUGUAUGGGACCCAAGGGUCAACCCCAGUGAUAGGUACCAUCUUAUGCCUAUAAUUACACCAGCAUAUCCACAGCAGAACUCCACUUACAACGUGUCUGUUUCAACACGGAUGGUCAUGAUUGAGGAGUUUAAACAAGGGCUUGCUAUCACACAUGAAAUUUUGCUGAGUAAGGCAGAGUGGUCCAAGCUUUUUGAAGCUCCGAACUUCUUUCAAAAGUACAAGCAUUAUAUUGUACUUCUAGCAAGUGCGCCAACAGAAAAACAACAUCUAGAAUGGGUGGGCUUGGUGGAAUCAAAAAUCCGAAUUCUGGUUGGAAGCUUGGAGAAGAAUGAAUUCAUUACCCUGGCACAUGUGAACCCCCAGUCAUUUCCAUCACCCAAGGAAAAUCCUGACAAGGAUGAAUUUCGUACAAUGUGGGUGAUCGGGUUAGUGUUGAAAAAACCAGAAAAUUCUGAAACUCUCAGUAUUGAUCUCACCUAUGAUAUUCAGUCUUUCACUGAUACAGUUUAUAGGCAAGCGAUAAACAGCAAGAUGUUUGAGAUGGAUAUGAAAAUUGAUGCAGUGCACUUAAGGAGAAGGGAACUUUAUCAGCUCCUACCUAAUCAUGUGCUUCAGAAAAAGAAAACACGUUCAGCAGAAGGCAUCAAAUUGACAGCCCUGAAUGACAGCAGCCUUGAAUUGUCUGUGGACAGUGAUGACAGCUUGUCUGUGUCUUCAUCUACCAGCAGUGUGAAGACCAGUCCAUUGACAGGCAGCUCUCAGGGCAGGGGCAGUCCUGGCCCAGUUGUAAUGGCAGCAUCUGUGACCAACAUUCAGGCUACUGAGGUUUCCAUGCCACAAGGCAAUUCCAGUGAAAGCUCGGGGAGUUUUUUAAGUGAAAGCAUUCUUCAAAAUACUGCACAACCAGCCAUCUCUCCGCCACCAAGGGCCACAGUUGCCAGAGUUGUUUCUUCAACACGUCUGAUAACCCAUCCCCCGGACCUUCAGGAAACGCAGCAACAAAAAUACCUAAUCCUAUCAUAGGAGUCUAGAGAACCUUCUCCCCUCGAAAAGAAGAAAAGACCAAGAAAACCAAAACAGAAGAACAGCUUAAUAAAAGGACAGGUGCAGCCCAAUUAGAAACUGUACCGACAGUGGCUUGGCUGUUGGCAUCUCAGAAAGCAUCCGGUAUAGACCUUCCUGAUAUCCCUGCUCUCCCUGCUAAUCCUGUCUCUGUUAUCAAGAAUUCAAUAAAGCUGAAAUAGAACUGAUAACAACCUCAAGGUCCAUAACUAACAUCUGCCAACUCAUUCUGUUGUCUUCAAAUGCUAAGAAAGUAGGGUGGAGGGUGUCAGACUAGGCAUGACUCAAAAUGGGUUCAGGUUCAUUUGGUAACUUCCUUUUUGGGCUAGUCUUGAUCUGAAGUCCAGGUUAGUAUGUGCAGCUAUGAUUACUGUUAUUAAUGUGUCCGAUUAUUAACGUGUCGACAGGAGUUUCCUUAACUAUUUGAAAGGACUACUGCCCUUACAAGAGAAGAGAGAAAACCCCUCCAGCUAUAUUUGUACACAUGACUGACAUCUGGACUGGAUUUAUCUUUGAUGGAUUGUUUGGAAAAUUCGCAAUACAGGCUUGUAUAAGAAUUCCUUAUAUCAAUGAUGCACUUCUAUGUACGUUUUUUAUUAGAAAGUAGAACUAGUUUUGGAUUUUUCGGCUUGAUGAACUUUAUUUUUUUUUUCCUGAAGACUUUUCUUCACUAUUAACCUUCAAAUUGGAUACCAUUGUGCAGUGGUGUGUUAUACUUCAGAGGAAGCGUAAAAGAACACCUAGUUCAGUCCCAGUGAGGUGGCUUAACCUUGAAAUGUCAGCUCCUAGCGUAUUUAUUUGACAUGGAAAGAAUAAUUAGGGGUUGGUUUCAAUGGGACAUGAUUAAGACAUGAUACAUUGGCUUCAUUUAUAGAAUUGUUUCUGAGGUAUACAAUCAGUGAUCAAACAGUGAAUGUUUCUUUGAGCUAACAGAACUCUAAGUUCUCUUGUCCUUCAUUCAUCUUAAAUCAUUCAUCUUAAAACAAAAAAGCUUUUUGCCUCCCCUUUCUCUCCUUGCCUGUAUGCAAAAGGUAUGCCUGUGUAUUGUUUCAUAAAAAGGAAAAACGAGAAUGCUAGUAUUUUCCUAACUGAUUUGAAACCAACAAUCGUGUGGCCACGUGGCACACAGCGGUACAUUUUGACUGCAUGGCUAAUACUUUACUAAACCUUUACUAAAAGUGAUGCCCAUGAAACAUGUUGUGCAUCUUGAGUGGCCAUUUUUAUCUCUGCAUAUAGAAGUUUUGUACCCUCCACAGAACUGCUUGUAAUAAAGUUAAUUUCCAAUUUUAAACAUGUAGGCAAAAAGGUAAUCUAAGAAUUUUAAACCAAUUUUUAUUUUUACAUGGCUUACCGUAAUUAGUCAAUUUUAUGUGUAGAAUCAUACAAAAAAAAUUUUCUGGCAAGCGCUUGUCGCGUGUUAGCUUUCUACGCCAUUGUUUUAGCCUAUCAGAAGGUUAGAAAUUAGCUUUUUAAAAAUGAAAGAUCGUAAGUAGGCAGCAGAACAUCCAUCUUUAGGAAAUGUAGGUGAAUGCAGAUGACUGAAAACUUCAUUUUCCUUAAUGUGUACCCAGCUGUCUUCACACAGUUUUCUAACUAACCUGGUUCUAACCCCCUGUCCUCCACUGCGUUUCUUUCUGCCGCUCGUGUGUCUUUCAUAGUAAACUGCAGUUACUUAAACUCUUCCCCUGUCCUUCUAGAUGAAUUUCCCAAAGUUGGAAAAUCGCCUUUUUCCUUUUAGGUUCCGCAGUAAUUGAGGCUUGCUUUCUACCAUUACUUUCUGAUGUCUAGUAUAUGCUACUUCCAUUCCCUUCAUCUCUGCCCUGUGCGGUGCCUCUGCCCUUCUGCCUCGAUAAGAUCAGGUGAAGUAUGCAAAGUAUCUGUGCAUUUUGAGUAGUAGCUGUGGUGUCAGAUUGAAAUUGCCAUGCACAAAUCUAGCUUUGUCAUUUGGUUUCACAUGGAGGGGAGGGGGGAUUUAGUUUAUAAACUUUUCAUGUAACUGAACCUGUUUUUCCAAGCUGGAAACUCGGAACUUUUUAAUUCUAUUUUUCAUUACCUAAGUAUUGGGCUUUCUUUCUUUCUUUUGAUGUACGUAGUGUCUCAUGACUGGAGUUUGCUUUGUUUUAUAGUAUUUGUACUCAGUUGUGUUUUUCAGGUACUAUUUUGAAAACAGGUGGCGUAUUUCUCCAUCAAAAACACAAUAAAAAUAAACACCGCACAAACAAAGCAGAACUAAAAUACUGGACAAGAACAAAUCAGGAGGGUGGGCGAUAGAGUUUACACAUCCGUAAAAAAAAAAAAGAAAAUUUACAUUGUUCAGGAGGAGGGUGGAGACGCUGGUGUGCUUUUUGAUUUUCUGAAGUCGAGAAUGCAUGCUGUAAUGUUAAAAGAAAACACUGAAAGGACUAUGACUUCAAUAAAAGUAAAAAAUGGAAUUAAUAAAUCUUAACCCAAAAGAAGGCAAGAAAGAAGGGGGGGGGGUGCAUAGAAAGAAUAGGAUAGAAAAUACAAUCUAAGGCAGUAGAAAUGAAACCAAAUAUAUUCGUCACCACAGUAAAUGAACCAAACUUCCUGAUUAAAAGACAGAUUGUCCAACUCCAUGGAAAAACAAUGUUCAGCUGUAUGCUGUUUUAUUUACGAGACACACCCAAAAUGAAAGGACAGAAAAGUAAAAGCAUGGAAAAAGAUAUGCUAAUGAAAAGAAAGCCAGUAUAGUAACAUCAUUUAAACAGAUUUCAAGGCUAAAACAAUGACCAGGGAUGAAAAGGGCUACUGCAUUCAUGACAGAAGAAAGAAUGCACCAGAAAAAUAGGACAAUUCAAAGCUUGUUUACACUCAAUAAAUUAGCUUCAAUGUAAAAUAACAAAGGACAAAUGUACAGAAAUGCCAAAUUGAUCAUUAUUAUAGGAGAUUUUAAAACAGCUCUUUAAUUGGUAUCAAGGAGACAAAACAUAGGGAAACAGAAUUUUUUAAAAUUAUUUAUUGUGCUGUAAGUGAAAGCUUACAAAUCGAGUCGGUCUCUCAUACAAAAAGUUAUACACACCUUGCUGUGUACUUCUAGCUGCUGUCCACAUAAUGAGACAGCACACUCCUCCUCUUCACCUUUAUUCCCCCAGUCCAUUCCACCAGCUCCUGCCUUCUCAUCUUGCCUCCAGACAGGAGCUGCCCACAUAGUCUCAUAUGUCUACUUGAGCCAAGAGGCUCACUCCUCACCAGUAUCAUUAUCUAUCUUGUAGUCCAGUCCAGUCCAGUCCAGUCCAGUCCAGUCCAGUCCAGUCCAGUCC